CAUGCAGAUCCGCAAGCCUGAGCAGGCCACCGAGCCACAAUGAGAACAUCACAGGGUAACCAGGACCUCUGUGGGAUGGAGCUGCGUCUGGAAGAGCUGAGGCAUCACUACAGGGUGGAGCAUGCCGUCGCUGAGGGGGCCAAAAAUGUCCUCAGGCUCCUGGGGGCCAGCAAGGUCCAGGACAAGAAAGCCCUGUCUGAGGCACAGUCUCGUCUGAGCGAGGCGUCUCUGCGCUUAGACCUGCUGAGGCAGUCUCUGGAUCGUUGCCUGUCAGAGCUGCCGGAGGACCAUCCCAAGGCCAGCGUCAUCAGAGAGGAGCUGGUCCUGGCCUCCUCCCCGGUCUUCAGCUCCCGCCACAGCGCCCCCUACCUCCACAACCAGUACAGCACCCUCAACAAGCCCUCACCUCUCACUGGUACCCUACAGGUGCAGCUGCUGGGCUGUGUUGGGCUGCUGGAGGUGGUCCCAGGUCGCAACAAAGGGACAGCAGUCAUGCUGCCCUGCUACAGCCCCGGAGACAACCGCUCCUUCAUGAGAGGAAGCAAAGGACUCUACGGACGCAGCGGCUCAGUGAGCGGGAAAACACCCAGCAAGACAGACGAGCUCUCCUCCGAGGUGAGUGCUGUGCUGAAGCUGGAGAACAACGUGGUGGGCCAGACACCCUGGAAGACUGUGGGAGAACAGGCCUGGGACCAGACCUUCACUGUGGAGCUGGAAAGGUCGAGGGAGAUGGAGAUUGCAGUGUAUUGGAAGGACUACCGCUCGCUGGCUGCCCUGAAGUACCUGAAGCUGGAGGAGUUCCUGGACAACCAGAAACACAGAGUUCAGCUGGAGCUGGAGCCUCAGGGCCUGCUGCUGGCAGAGGUGACCUUCUUCAACCCGGUCAUUGAGAGAGCUCCUCGCCUUCGGAGGCAGAAGAAGGUCUUUUCUAAGCAGCAAGGCAAAGCAUUCCUUCGGGCCCGUCAGAUGAACGUUGAUAUCGGGACGUGGGUGAGGCUGCUUCGAAACGCCAUCCCCACUGUCAACAACUCAGGAACCUACAGUCCCAACGCACACAGCCUCACACUCAACUCUGGGGAGGUCUCAGUGGAGAAGUUGAGUCUGGACAGCGACUCUCCGAUAAGAAUGGAUUACAAGAGAGACGCGGACGGACAAACCCCGGUGAGGGAGACAGAGAGAGAUGAAGCCCUGGAGAUGGGGGAGGACCGACUGCCCGUCAUCGAGCCCUUCUCUCCCCCAGACCUCACCCCCGAGUGCCCUGUCCGAACCCCAUCUGUUGGCAGUAAGCAGAGGAAGGGCCCUCUGUCUCUGCAGGACUUCAGGCUGAUCGCUGUGUUGGGAAGGGGACACUUUGGAAAGGUGUUGUUGUCAGAAUACAGGAAGACAGGCACAAUGUACGCCAUCAAAGCCCUGAAGAAGGGAGAUAUCGUAGCUCGGGAUGAAGUGGAAAGUCUAAUGUGCGAGAAGCGCAUCUUUGAGGUGGUGAACCUGUCGCACCACCCCUUCCUCGUCAACCUGCUUGCGUGCUUCCAGACUCCGGAGCAUGUGUGUUUUGUCAUGGAGUACACAGCAGGAGGCGACCUGAUGAUGCACAUCCACACUGACGUCUUCACAGAGCCCCGAGCCGUGUUUUAUUCAGCCUGCGUAGUUCUUGGACUUCAGUUCCUCCAUGACCAUAAGAUUGUGUACAGAGACCUCAAGCUCGACAACCUGCUGCUCGACACAGAUGGUUAUGUAAAGAUCGCUGACUUUGGGCUGUGUAAAGAAGGAAUGGGCUUCGGGGACCGGACCAGCACGUUCUGUGGGACUCCAGAGUUUUUAGCCCCCGAGGUCCUGACGGAUACAUCCUACACCAGAGCGGUAGACUGGUGGGGACUGGGGGUCCUCAUCUAUGAAAUGUUGGUUGGAGAGGAUCGUUUCUUCGAGUCCCAAUCCGUAUAA